AUGGGCAAGUACAGAAAAAGAUUCAAUGAAAAGGCCCGCUCAGGCAUGCUUGCCAAGCAAGCUGCUCUCAAAAAAGCCCGAAACAAGCAAUUUACCAGGCAUUUUGAAGACGGAAAUGACACUUCCAAUGUACCUCAAGAAACCGCUGUUGAACAAGAUCCAAAUGCCGACAUCUUGAAACCAAUGACCGAACAAGAGAAAGAGGAACGUAAGAAAAGACUUGCAGAGAACCUCUAUCUGGAGAAUGAAAAAGAAUCGAAAAUGUCCAGAGCAAAACGGAAGCGUUUGGAUAAGUAUAUUGAGCACCAGAUCAAGCGAGAGGAAAAGAAAGUAUUAUUGGAAAAAUUGGCUGAGACAAAGGUUGACACCUCAAUGUUUGCUCCCUCAAAACUACUAGGAACUGGAAAACAAACCAGAAGAGAAGAGAUGAUUGAGGCAUUAGAGCUUGAAAGACAAGGUAGAGGAAACGAAAGAACAAAGGACAUUUUAUAUGAAGAGAGAGAUGUCAAGGAGUGGUCAGAAGAGGAUGAUGUUUCGGACCAUGCCGAUAAUGGGAAUGAAGAGGAAUCGGAUUUCGAUGACGACUUCACUUCAACUAACUCUACCUUUGUUGAUUAUAGACCUCUGGCCAGUGGUGGAUUUGGAAGUGGAUUUGGAUUUGGAAACUUGCCCAAGAAGACGAAAACAUCCACAACUAAAAAGUAUACUUGGAGAUUGAAAGUUGAGCGGGAAGAGAAAAAGAGGGCCAAGAUUGAGGACGAAAACGAUUUUAUUCUGAGUGACGAAGAGGAUCAAGACGGAUCUGACUCUGAAGGCCACGAAACAGACAAAGAGAGUGGUAGUGAAGAAUCAAACUCUGGCGUCUCUUCUGAGAUUGAAAGUGGUUCGGAAAAGGUUGCUUCAAAGGAGAGUCAUUCUGAAGAAGAACAAGAAGAUUCUGAUGAGAGCACUGGCGACUCCGAGGAUGAAUCUGAAGACGAAUCUGAAGAUGCCUCUGAGGAGGAAGAAGAUGAAGAAGAAGAAAGUGAACUGGAGCAACCUCGUCUUCUUCAAAAUAAGCCAAAGCAUUCUAAAGUCGCUGAAUCGUUUAAGGAAUGGGCGGAAGAACAAGUUCGUAAACUUGAAGGCAGAACAGAAAUGGUUCUUCAAGAACUUAAGCCCGAAACUAAAGAAAAAUACUCUAAAGGUGUCCAUAAUGACAAAGCAUUUUCUGACGAUGAGGAUUCAGUUCCAAUUAACCCCAACUUGCAAAGAGAUGCAUUUUUUGUCAAUGUUACUAGAUCCCCUGAGAUUCAACAACAAAGAAUGCAGCUUCCGGUUUUCAGUGAAGAGCAUCGUAUUAUGGAGGCCAUUCAUCAUCAUGAUUGCAUUGUUCUCUGUGGUGAAACCGGUUCUGGUAAAACUACGCAAGUUCCUCAAUUUUUGUAUGAGGCUGGAUUUGGCAAUGUGAAAUCCUCUAUGUAUCCAGGAAUGAUUGGAAUCACGCAACCUAGAAGAGUCGCUGCUGUCUCCAUGGCAAAUCGUGUUGGGGCAGAAUUGGGAGAUCAUGGUGCAAGAGUAGGCUACCAAAUCCGAUUCGAUACCACAAUUAAAAAUGAAGGAACUGAGAACGGAACUGCAAUGAAAUUUAUGACAGACGGUGUGCUUCUUCGUGAAAUGAUGAACGAUUUCCUUCUCACAAAAUACUCCGCAUUAAUUAUAGACGAAGCCCACGAAAGAAAUAUCAAUACCGAUAUUCUUAUCGGCAUGUUGAGCCGUGUGGUGAAACUUAGAAGAGAAAAAGACAAACCUUUGAAACUCAUCAUCAUGUCUGCAACUUUACGUGUCUCUGAUUUUUCCGAAAACAAACAAUUGUUCAAGUUGGCACCACCUAUCUUAAAAGUGGAGGCUAGACAGUACCCCGUUUCAAUUCAUUUUGAUAAGAAGACGAAGUUCGAUUAUGUGGAACAAGCUUACAAAAAAGCAUGCAAAAUUCAUAAGCGAUUGCCUCCUGGUGGAAUUUUGAUCUUUUUGACCGGUCAAAAUGAAAUCACAACUCUCGUUAAGAGAUUGCGAAACGAAUUUCCGUUCAACACUAGAAAAAAACAAUAUGUUGAAGAUGAAAACACAGAAUACAGGGUAAGUAAUAAUGUUGCGAUGGAAGCAGAAGAUGUGGACUUAGAUAUUGCUUUGCGUGAACGCAAAGAAGAAGAAAUGGAAGAGGGAUCAGACUCCGAAUCUGAUUCAGAUGAGGAGGAAGGUUUUGAAGAAACUUUAGAAGAAGGUCAAUCAGAAAAUGACCCCCUUUAUGUUCUUCCUCUUUACUCGCUUCUUCCAACAAAGCAGCAGAUGAAGGUUUUUGAGAACCCACCAGAAGGAAGCAGAAUGUGCAUCAUUGCAACUAACGUUGCCGAAACAUCUUUGACCAUUCCAGGAAUACGAUAUGUUAUUGAUUGUGGCCGUUCCAAGGAAAGAAAACUCAAUGAGGAAACAGGCGUCCAGUCUUUUGAAGUUGACUGGAUAUCCAAAGCUUCGGCCGGUCAAAGAGCUGGUAGAGCUGGUAGAACAGGACCUGGACACUGCUAUAGACUAUUUUCGUCUGCAUUAUACGAGGAGUUUUUCCCACAGUUUAGCAAACCAGAAAUUUUGCGGAUGCCAGUGGAAAGCACAGUUUUGACCAUGAAAAGUAUGGGCAUACAUCAGAUUGUGAAUUUCCCAUUCCCAACUCCUCCAGAAAGAAGAGCCUUGGCCAGGGCUGAAAGACUUUUGAUAACUUUGGGUGCGUUGGAUAAGAAGACGAAAACCGUGACAGAAUUAGGAAAAACAAUGGCAUUCUUUCCUCUCAGUCCACGGUAUGCAAAGAUAUUAAUUGUUGGCAAUCAACUCCAGUGUUUGCCAUAUGUUAUCGCCAUUGUUUCUGCGUUAUCUGUGGGUGAUCCUUUCCUUGACGAGUACGAGCUUGGACUUAAACAGGAAGCUAAACAAAAGUCAGCAGGAUACUCAAGUGAUGAAGAAGAAGAGGAGGAGGAGGAUGAAGCAGAAGUCCAGGCGGAUGUUGAGCGCAAGAGAAGAAUGAGAACAAAAUUCUUCAAGUCAAGAGCAAUUUUCGCAAGGCUCGAUGAGAAGUCUGAUAGUCUUCGUCUACUUUCUGCUGUUUGUGCAUUUGACCAUGUUCCGGAGGCCAAGAAGCUGCUGUUCUUAAAUGACCAUUUUCUCCGUGCCAAGGUGAUGGAGGAGAUCCAGAAGCUUCGUAAGCAAAUUACCCAUAUUGUGCAUGCAAAUGCCAAAAAGGACACAAUUGCCCAUACGGAACAAAAGGGAGCCAAGUUGGGAAUUCCUUCCAAACAGCAAGUAUCGGCUUUGAAGCAAAUCAUUGCCUCUGGAUUUAUUGACCAGGUUGCUGUUCGUACUGAUACCAUAGAUGCCGACUUCAAGCUUUCGAAGAAAUCCAGCAUCAUCAGCGUACCAUACUCGGUGACCGUUCCGCUUUCACAAUUUGGGGAUGAAGUUGAUCCUCAUGUCUACAUUCAUCCAAACUCUAUUUUGGCAAGUUCGGGUCUGACUCCGCCAGAAUAUCUUGUUUUCCAAUCCUUGAAUAAGGGAAGCAACCAAAAAGAAAACCAAACCACAAAAUUAAGAUUAAAGCCAUUGGUUGACAUUUCAGGUAAGCAAUUGGCUAACGUCGCCAAAGCAUCUGGACUUGUCACAUAUUCCAAACCAUUGGGUCAUCCUUAUGGGCCAAAAGAAAUAACUCCUACUAAAAGAGAGUGUUACGUUGUCCCCCGCUAUGGAUCCGGUGUUGGAGAUGGAAAAUUGGGCUGGGAUUUGCCGGUUAUCAAAGUUGUUCAGACAAAGAAAUUUGGUCUGUGGGUUACGGAAGAGUAA